AUGACCAACUUGCAUCGGGCCCGCGUGGAGCUCGGCCUGCCGCCGGAUCCGACCACUGCAUGCAUGCUUGACUCCGCCAUCACGGUGUACGAGGGUGUGGGACGAACACUUGCCCGGCCGCAAAAAUUGCGUUCUCGCGGCGGCAGCUGCGGCGGCGCCGCUGCCAAGGGUACGGCGGCCCGGGGGGCUGCCGCUGAAGAGGAGAAGGCGGUGCUGUCGGAGCUCGUUUGGCUGCUGGCCGCCAGGGGGGGUGGUUGCGGUGGCGGUGGCACCGCUGCUGUUGUGGCGGUGGCGGCGGAGCGUGCCGCUGUCGAUGCUGCCAGUGCGCUGUGGCAGCUGAUGGCUAGCGGCACGGUGCAUCCGGAGGUAUUGUUUUGUGAUCUGGAGGCGCACCUGGUGUCGGUUCUGGGGAGCCCCAGGGCGGCGGCGGCGGACUCAGAGCGCCCGGCGGUGCUGCACCUGGCAGUGCUCGGACUAGUGUCAUGCCUGGCACGCUGUACGGCAGUCGCGCGGCGGCUGUGGACAUCACCGCUGCUGCCGGCGGUGAUGAAGGCGCACGGUCUGGCGCGGCGGCGCUGUGCUGACGGUGGCACGGAGGCGUGGACGCCUGUGGUGGAGUGCGUGCGAGGUGUAUCCCAGACGUUGUGUCGUGCGUGCCACACUGUGGAUCGUGGUUUUGUAGUGGGGCCGGACAAGCGGGUGGAUAAGUGGGGCCUUACGGAGCGGUUGUUGGUUGAGGUCAGAUGCACGUUGCAGUACGAUGAACAUGAAGACGCAAUAAUGCUGCUAGCCAAGAAGGAGGAGGAGGUGGCUGGGGCUGGAGGCCGACUGGCUGAGUACGAUGAUUAG